AUGAGUGACGCGUCGCCUGAGGCCGGUGCAGCCUGUCUAUGGCGUCUGUCGAGAGACAAGUUCGCGUGUAACGCGGAUCAAAUAUCAGCCGACUGGUUGGCUGAUAAUGCCCAACUCAUCGGUGUAUGGACCCACAAAUGGUCCACAUACGAGAAGGCCUACGACAUCGCCGAUCGUGAGUUAUAUGCCAUAUGUCACGCUCUGUCUCACUGGCGUCAACUCAUCCUUUCCUUCCUCAACUUCCAUAAGCUCCACUCCUCGGACAAACACCAUGGUCUCGGACGGGUCACAGUUUUCAUGGACUCCACUAGUGCUCUGGGCAAGAUCGAGGGUCGUCUCAACUCCUCUACCUACCAGCCUACUACUCGACAGACUAAACGGUGGCUCUCAUGGCUGGCAGACCUGCUGGAGUACGAUGAGGCUGAUCUAACCUACCGCCAUGCGAAAGGGAAGGAUAACUCUUUCAGCGAUCUCCUGAGUCGUCUUGCUCAAGGGGGACAGCGGUAUGUCCCUGAGGGUGGUGGCGAAGCGUUUGUCUUGGUGACCUCGACAUCACCCUCCCAAAGUGAACUACCUACCACGGAUCGUUCUGCCUCUGUCCACGACUCCACCAGAUGCAUUCUGGCGGGUGACCUGAGAGUUCAGUUGAUAACUCUUCAGAAGGCAGACUCCUCUACCCUCCUCCAUGGUGCUACGCUACAGGCAUGGCAACAUCACUUUGACGGAGCUGGGAAACUUCAGAAAUUAGCCGCGGAGGCGAAAUCUCUCGGCCUUGUCACCCAUGUUGGAGGGGUGGUCAUGACUAUCUCUGAAGCUGCGUUGACUGGACCGAUAUCGGUUCCAGUCAUUCCAGGAGGCGUAGUUACCGGUUUGAAUGGCAUGAUCGGCACUAAUGUCGACACAGACUGGAAGCUGCGAGAUUGGCUCCUUUUUGUUGCCCAUGAAAUGGAUUAUCAUAGACCUCACAGGGACAUGCGGGAUAGCCUUGUCCCUUUCGUUUGGUGGCCCUCUCUCCUUCGCGAUGCUAGGUCCUGGGUUGAGCGAU